AUGGUCCAACACCAGGAAGACACAAACGACCCGAAGUCCAUCAACGUGCUACCCGAGAAGGAUGAGGAGCACUACAUCUCUCCCGAUGACAUCUUGAAGGGUGCCCAACAAGCGACAGAUGCAGAGCACAACAUGAAGCUGAUCGAAGGCAUCCGCAAGUACCCCAAGGCAUGCCUCUGGUCUCUCUUGUUUUCGUCGGCUCUCAUCAUGGAGGGCUUCGACAAAGCCUUCAUUACUGCAUUCUUUGCCUUCCCGCCUUUCCAGGAGAGAUACGGCAAACUCCAGAAGACGGGCGAAUACGAGAUACCAGCCCCCCUUCAGGCCGCUGUAUCAAACGGCGUCAGUACAGGCCAAAUCCUCGGCUUACUGCUCAAUGGAUUUCUGGCAGAUCGGUUCGGAUACCGCUUGGUGAUGGAGGGCUGCCUGUUUCUCAUGGUGUGCUUCAUCUUCCUGCAGUUCUUUGCCACCAGCAUCUACAUGUACAUGGGCGCUGGCAUUCUGCUCGGCGUUCCCUGGGGCGUGUUCCAGACAUUGACGACUACAUACGCCGCCGAGGUCUGUCCCAACGUGCUUCGACCUUAUCUCACCAUGCUCGUUUCCCUCUGCUGGAGCAUCGGGUACCUUGUUGGCACUGCAACGUUGCGAGGUUUCCUCUCCAUGGAAGGCGAAUAUGCGUACCGAAUUCCCUUUGCUCUCCAGUGGAUUCUUCCGAUUCCUCUGGCCAUCGGUAUUUAUUUCGCCCCAGAAUCUCCUUGGUGGCUGGCCCGAAAGGGUCGCACCGCAGAUGCCGAAAAGUCGCUGAGGAGACUUCAAUCGAAGGACGUCGCCGAAGAGGAAAUCGCCAAUACCAUGUCUAUGAUGGUUUACACGGUCAAGAUUGAAAACGAAAUGAACACAUCCAGUUCCUAUUUGGAUCUGUUCAAGGGCGUCAACCUUCGACGAACCGAAAUCACCGUCCUGACCUAUGUCAUCCAAGAGAUCUGCGCCCCCCUCGUGUCUUAUGUUGUUUACUUCUUGCAACAGGCGGGCGUCCCCACGUCGUCUGCGUUUGAUUUCGGAAUGGGCCAAUAUUCACUGGCUAUCGUGGGUGUUUUUAUUGCCUGGUAUCUUUCUCCUAAAGUGGGACGACGAACACUACUCCUAAGUGGCACCGGUUUCAUGGCCGCGACGACGUUUCUUAUCGGCUUCUUGGGAAUUCCAGAUACCACCAAGCAAACCAGGUUCGCCUAUGCCAUUGGCAGCAUCCUCUUGGUGGAGUACUUUGUAUUCUUCAUCACUAUUGGGCCGAUCAUCUACACCAUUGUCACUGAGAUUCCCUCCAACUACCUGCGCACAAAGAGCGUCGUGAUUGCCAGGGCCACUUACAAUGUCGGCGUACUGGUUUACGGCCAACUUGUUCCACGCAUGAUUCAGAAAGCGUACUGGAACUGGGGCGCCAAGUCGGGUUUCUUCUAUGGCACUUGGAUGGUUGUAGGCCUUACCUGGGCCUACUUCCGCGUCCCCGAGACCAAGAACCGCACCUUUGCUGAGAUUGAUAUUAUGUUCAAGGAAGAGGUCAGGGCACGCGAUUUCAGCAAGGUGAAGGUCAAUCUUGCCACGCAGUCGGUUGUUGAGGAGUGA